AUGACAAUUAUAAAUAAACUUCCUUUACAUGGUGUUAAAAUUCUUGAUUUAACACGUGUUUUAGCUGGACCUUUUGCUACUAUGAUAUUAGCUGAUUAUGGAGCAGAUGUAAUUAAAAUUGAAAAAGCAGGUCAAGGAGAUGAUACAAGAACAUGGGGACCAUCUUAUGUUGAAGAUCAAAGUGUAGAUUUUUCGAGUAUAAAUCGAAAUAAAAAGAGCAUUGCAACGACAGGAACUAUUCAAAAUGGACAAAUACAAUAA